AUGAUUACUACCAUUCGCAAAUCAAGUAUAUUGCAUGAUGCUAUUCGUACUAUUGCUCAUAGUUUAUCGAUUGAUGGCGAUCUCAUCCUUGACAUGCGGAUCAGAUGGAACUCGUCUUACAAUAUGCUAUGUAGACUAUUACUUUUUCAAUCUGUAUUGGAUGAACUUUAUGUUCAAGUCGAUAGUUUAAGUGGCCUAACAAAACGGCAACAGGCAAAAUUAAUGGGUGUCCAUCUAUCGAACAACGAUUGGUCAUUGUUGCAAUCAUUACGAUAUGUGUUGGAGCGAUUUUCGGAUGCCACAGAGUUAGUUUCUGGCAAGAAUUAUCCGACGCUUUCUAUUGCUUACGCUGUUAAACUCAGUCUACAUCAUUUUUUGAAUGAUUUAACAAGUGACAACAAUGUUCGUAUUAUGAAACAAAUGCUGCAAGUUGAAUUCGAUCAGUAUAUGACACUUCCACUUGAUGCAGUAGAAGCCAAUAUUAUAAACGCAGCGGCAUUACUUGACCCAUCUACCCAUGACAUCUUAAAGCGUGAGGAUAGAAAAGUAGCCGAAAAGUUUCUUGUUCUCGAGGCCAAGCGACGAUUGAAAGAUAACCCAAUUGAAUACAAAAGUAUGCCGAUGACAACUGUUGCUGGUGAUACUGAAGAGUUAGAAAGAAAUGAUUCACUCGCUAUCACUAAAGGUGGAACUCAGCUUAAACAGCUGUUUAACAAGUGUGGUAUCAGUUGUUCUAUG